AAAAAAAAAAAAACCCCCUUCAUAUCUCUGAUUACACGACACACAGCCACCACAAUACAUCCCCAGAUUCUUAAGCUGCUUUUUUUUCUCUCUUCUUUUUUCUUCUUCCUCUGUAAAACCAACAAAAAUACUCUCAUCACUCUCACCGUUUCUCCUCAUCUCUCUCCGUAUCAUCUUCUUCCGCCGCUUAAAAAUCGCAACUUCUGAUUCGAAAUACCAUUUUUGUUAUCCUAUUUUCUCUCGUAUAUCUUUCAAAUCUUUCUUCUCAAUUUAGAAUGCUGAAUGCAAUUUGGAGUACUCUGAGUCUCUGUUGAUGUAAUCUGAAAUAUCUCUUGCUGGUUGAGAUUGUUGUCAUUCAAGACUUGAUCAUGGACCGCAAGGAUACAUCGGGUUUUGUUAGUGGAGGAGGUCCAGACAGUUUCUGCACAUAAUAUAAUCCCUUCUUUGUUUAUACUAGUUGGAGUGGCUUAUAAAUUUUAUGUUUAGACUUUAGUUAGAUGAAUAUAUUCUUUCAAAUAAAACAAGAUGGACGAUAUCCGCAUGCCUUUCAUGUGGAAUUCUUUCUUGAUUACUUGCAACGAUUCAAAGGAAAGUGAAGUGGACUCGAACCACUCUGCAGAUACUUCCUUGUGCCUAAAUUCCCAGAACUUUGUGGCUGUGGGACCUUAUCUGUAUGAUGCAGGAGCUAGCAAAAGAAAACGGAAUGCUGCUGAUGAAGGUCUGAGUUUAAAGCAUGAAGUCUCUCUGGCCCUUGAAUUGGGUAGUUCAAGUAGUUCUUUAGGUAGCAAGACGAAGUGCGCUGCUGCUGAGACUGCCACAAUUUCUCGAAUACAUGUUGAAAAUCAAUCUCCAGUUGAUAUCUGUCUCGACCUUAACAUUGAUUUGGGUUGUAAGAGAGUAUGUAAGGACACAAAAAACUCUAGUAGCAGCCUUGAAGUGCAAGACAAGGAGAGAGCAAAGGUUGACCUUGAGUUAAGCUUGUCUACUGGAGCAACGGAAUCUGAUCUGACAAGUAUUACCCUGAAUUCAUCACUUGUUCAGAAUGUUACAUCUGGAAUCGAGCAACUUGUGGACGAAGGAUCAACAUCCUCAAAAUGGAAACGAGGACCCAUUGUUCCCCUUAUAGAUAGGUUAAAUGCAAAUCUAAGUUCAGGUGUCACAAAUGUCCCAGCUGUCUCGAUCUCUUCCCCACUGCUUGAAAUAGAUGCUGCUACUUCUUGUUUGAAACAGCAGCGCAAGACCUCAGUUAAGACUUGUCAGUUUCCAGGUUGCCAAAAAGGCGCUAGAGGUGCUUCAGGUCAUUGUAUCUCGCAUGGAGGUGGACGGAGGUGUCAGAGAGAUGGUUGUCAGAAAGGAGCAGAAGGCAGGACAGCAUUCUGCAAGGCCCAUGGUGGUGGUCGAAGGUGUGAACACUUGGGAUGCACCAAAAGUGCUGAAGGGCGUACUGAUUUCUGCAUUGCCCAUGGAGGUGGAAAGCGAUGUGGUUUUGAUGGAGGUUGCAAUCGCGCUGCGAGGGGGAAGUCUGGCUUUUGCAUUCGUCAUGGUGGUGGAAAGAGGUGCAAGAUUGAAAGUUGCACCAAGAGCGCAGAGGGCCUUGCUGGUCUCUGCAUUGCUCAUGGAGGUGGUCGACGUUGCCAUGUUCCUGAAUGUACUAAAGGUGCUCAGGGGGGCACAAAAUUCUGCAAGGCUCAUGGUGGAGGGAAAAGGUGCACCUUUUUAGGAUGCAACAAGGGAGCUGAGGGAAGCACAGCUUUCUGUAAAGGACACGGUGGUGGGAAGCGAUGUACUUUCCAGGGUGGCGGUGUCUGCACCAAGAGUGUCCAUGGAGGUACCUUGUAUUGUGUUUCACAUGGCGGUGGCAAGAGAUGUGCUGUCCUUGGAUGCACUAAGAGUGCAAGGGGACGAACAAAUUUCUGUGUUCGUCAUGGUGGAGGAAAGAGGUGUAAAUACGAAGGAUGUGAAAAGAGCGCGCAGGGAAGCACUGAUUUCUGCAAAGCACAUGGAGGAGGAAAGCGCUGCUUGUGGGGCCUGCAAGGUUCAGGAUACAAUGAAGAUGGCGAUAGCCCUUGUGAUAAGUUUGCCAGAGGUAAAAUUGGUCUUUGCGCUGCUCACAGUGCACAGAUUCAAGACAAGCGAGUCCAUGGCAAUGGUACUGUGGGCCUGAAGAUGAAAGAGAUUGCCUCUGGAAACUUUUCCAAGUGCACUAAUAAGAUCAACACAGAAGCUACAUCAACUGUUUGGGAUGGUUUCGAUUUGCAGAUGGUCUUGCCUGAUGACGACGAGCCCUUGUUUCAUUCUGGUCAAUCUUUGAAUUCACAAUCCCUUGAAGGAAGGGUACAUGGCGGUGGUCUUAUCGCUUUGCUUAGAAGUUCUGAUCUCGACCAGUCAGAGAUGCCCAUUGGAUGAGAUAGUUAACAGGUUUACAGGGGAUGGUUAUUUCUCUAAACAUGUGAUUUGAGACAUUGAACAACGUUCAAUGGAUUCAUUGCUCUAUAGGUGUGUUGGUAGGUUGAUCCCCAAUUAAGAUAGUUGAAUAUUAGUCUUAGUACUUAGGUGGUGUUACCGUGUUAGUCUGUUGAAUUUUCACUAAGAUAUGUUAUUAAACUAUUAAUGUCCCCCCAACAAAAAUGGCGUUAGUGGGACUUUGAUAUUGUGUGUAAUGAUCAAUAUGUAUCUUCGACCUUUGUUCAUUGUGAUUGUAAGUGUGUGUGGAUAUAGUUCUUCAAUUUGUA